UCCUGGGUCUUGCAAAUCCAAUCCAUCGGUGCUCCGUUCCGCUGCUGAUCUGCCUCUGACAAUGGGUGUGUUGGAGCUUCGCGUCAAGCAGCAAGGGGAGCCAGCGCUGGUGCCGCCGGCGGAGGAGACGCCGAGGGGCGACUACUACCUAUCCAACCUGGACCAGAACAUCGCCGUCAUCGUGCAGACCGUGUAUUGCUUCAGGGGGGCCGACGACGACGACGGCAGCAGCGCUUGCCUCGUGCUGAGGGAGUCCUUGGCGAAGGUGCUCGUCCACUACUACCCGCUCGCCGGACGGCUGACGAUCAGCGGCGAGGGGAAGCUGGCCGUCGACUGCACGGGCGAAGGCGCCGUCUUCGUGGAGGCCGAGGCGGACUGCGCUAUGGCGGACAUCGGCGACGUCACCGAGCCCGAUCCGUCGGUGCUCGGCAAGCUUGUCUACAGCGUCCCCGGCGCCAAGAACAUACUCGAGAUGCCUCUCCUUGCAGCCCAGGUGACCAAGUUCAAGUGUGGCGGCUUCGUGCUUGGGCUGGCCAUCAACCACUGCAUGUUCGACGGCGUCGGCGCCAUGGAGUUCGUCAACUCGUGGGGCGAGACGGCACGCGGCCUCCCGCUCUCGCUCCCGCCGGCCCUCGACCGCGCCGUCCUCCGCGCGCGCGACCCGCCGCAGCUCGAAUUCCCACACCAUGAGUUCGCGCAGAUCACCGACGACGACAGCGACGAGGCCGCCCCGCCGCCGCACGACGGCGAGCCGCUCCUGUACCGGUCGUUCCGGUUUACGGCGGCGUCCAUCGCGCGGCUGAAGGCGCUGGCGCCGCUGGAGGGCCGCCCGUGCACCACCUUCGAGGCGCUGGCCGGGUUCGUGUGGAGCGCGCGCACGCGGGCGCUGGGGAUGGGUCCCUCGCGGCGGAGCAAGCUCCUGUUCGCCGUGGACGGGCGGCCGAGGUUCGCGCCGCCGCUGCCCGCGGGGUACUUCGGCAACGCCAUCGUGCUGACCAGCGCGGCGUGCGCGGCGGGGGAGCUGGCGGCGUCGCUGCCGCGCGCCGUGCGGCUGGUGCGCGGCGCCGUGGGGGCCGUGACGGACGCGUACAUGCGGUCCGCGGUGGACUACUUCGAGGUGACGCGCGCGCGGCCGUCGCUGGCGUCGACGCUGCUGAUCACGGCGUGGUCGCGGCUGCCGUUCCGCGCGGCCGACUUCGGGUGGGGCCCGCCCGCGGCGUACGGCCCCGCGGCGCUCCCCGAGAAGGAGGUGGCGCUGUUCCUGUCGUGCGGGGAGGAGCGGGGCGGCGUCCGCGUGCUUCUGGGGCUGCCGCCCGUGGCCAUGGCCGAGUUCCAGCGGCUCGUGGAGGAGGUGACCGCGGCAUGAAUUUACAAGAGACAGAUCCCGGAAUCCGCCCAUGGGAUGGUUGAAGGCGUACGUGUUGUUUGUGUUGGUGGCGCGUUACGUUACAGUGAUCCAGUGAACACUCAUCAUUGCUAAAUGGAUACAAUGCUUGCUGUUUAAAUUAA